GAGGCCCCGUGCGCCCGAAGGCCCUGCUCUUCAUUCCGGUCUUGUGUCUCUCUGCGGCCAGCGUGUUGGCAGCACCGACCGUCGGAUCACUGCGCGUAUCUCCGGACGUCGUACCGUUGUCGCUACCCACGACGGUUCUCUUCACUGUGCAGAUCUCCGACGCUUUGCUGAUCUCGGGCAGCGUUAACCUGCAACGCUUGGGGGCCGAUGGCAAGGUCAUCGCGACGCUCGGCGUGUUCCGCGACGAUGGCACAGGUGGCGAUGCGGUGGCGGGUGACGGUGUGUUGGCGGUGCAGGUUCAACUCAGGGAGAGCCUCUCGUCGCGGGUGAGAUUCACGGCCUCCGCGGCGUUCAGAGGAAGUUUAAAGCGGGUCCAGUCGCCCGCGUCGAUUGUCACCGUCGUUGGGUCGGGAGGUUUAAUUGGGACUGGCGGCGGGACGAUCGAGGUCACAGAUCCAGACAGCGCGUUGCUUGGCACUACGCUUGCGAUUCCUCGCGGUGCCUUGACUGCACUGACAAGCAUCAACCUAAGCGGUCAGAUUGAAGCGGACGCGGGUAGUGCGCCUCUCGUCCGCAUUGAGCUGUCGCCGUCCGGAACCACGCUCAGUGUUCCUGCCACGCUGACCUUUCCAUACGCUCUCCCAAUCGACGCCGAUCCGGCUCUCGUUCGCGCAGCCAUCUACAGCCCUGCUUCGCCGCUGCGCUUGGGCAUGUCUGAGCACUCCAGAUGGGAACGACUGUCGCUCGUGUACUACGCCAACGGCACCGUCACUGUGCCCGUGUCGCACUUCUCCCUGUUGACUGCGGGAUGGGAGCAGCCUGCGUACACGGUUCUCCAUCUUCCCGGCAGGUACUUACAGAAGGGUGACCUGAUUUACGCGCUCGCUUUGCUAGAAGACGACCCGCCUGGCAGCUUUGACUGGUUUCCCGGACACGCGGGACUCUACGUUGGCACUUCUGAGUCCGGCGACACAUCGAACGACGGCGAGACGAUCAUCGAGUCGACGCCUGACUCGGUUGUCUUGCACGCCGAGUACUCGAACUUCCGAGACGCGUGGUACCACAUCUUCAUGGGUGCCCGGCGCCAUCGCGACGGGCUCACCGAUGCCGAGCGGACUGCGAUCUCCGAGUAUGCGCUCGAUCAACGGGGCAAGCCGUGGGAUCCGGUCGGCCAGGGCGACUCCGGCCAGCAGGAUAGCUUCAGCUGCGUUGGUCUGACGGAGGCGUCGUACGAUGCGGCGGGAAAGAGCAUCAUCCCGGGCUAUCUGGAAUUCCCGGCGAUUCUGCCGAUCCAGCAGUACGGCAGGACAGUCCCUGUUGACACGAUCACGCUCAGCGCUGGUACCCCGAUGCUGCCAAUCCCGGUCCGUGGAGUCGCGAGAGACGGGGAUUACUGGAGCGAGACCGAGGCGUGGGCCACCGGCGUGAGGACGGACCUGGGGAUGUCGUUCGACGGGGGUGAGCUGACUUGGCCCGCGCCCGUGGCGGGGACGUACCUGCUCCGGUUCUACUCGAGCGGAACCUACAAUGGAAGGAACUACACGACCGAGCAGGACUUGAACGUCCAAGUGCUCCCCGGCGAGCACCCGACCGUGUCCGUUCUGCCUGGCUGCAUUCACAUCGGCGACGAUGAACAGGCGCUGGGAGGAUGCCCCGCGGAACCCGUCGCUACACCGCUGAGGGUCACCGCACCGCCGGGCGGAUAUUGCGAUGGUGACUGGGCCAUGGAAUUCGAGGUGGCCGGUAUUCAGUCCGACUCCGCCGUCUGUGUAAACAAUGGCUGUCGAGACAUCCUUGCACUGAUGAACCUGCCUGGGCUGCCCGACCCCAGCGUGUUCUAUCGCGUGGUGUUUGCCAAGGACCUCGUCCGCCCUGGUCCGCCCGUAUCGGAAACGGGCAACAAUCGAAUCAUCUUCGGCGUCACGAAUACAGGAGACCCCCAAGACCCCGGCCGUGACGAUGUGUUCGUCCGGGCCGUGCGACUUGGCGAUCACCAGUACAUCGGGAGCGAAGCAAGAUACUGCGGUCUAUCGGAGGUGAUUGGCGGUAGUCACCGAUGUCGUCAUCGAGGGCGUGGUUCAGUCCUGACACUUGUUGUCAUUGCUGUCGGUGCCACCGUUUGGCUUCACGCUGCUCCGGCUCUCCCUCCUGCUCCCGCACCCACAGUUGGUGUACUGACUGUGACUCCAGACGUCGUCAGCGUCGGUACAUCAACUCAGGUCACUUUCACUAUCUCAAUCACAGAUUCCCGGCUACUUCCUGGCGGUGUCAAUCUCUUGAAGCCUGACGCUAACGGCAAGACACUCGCGACUAUCGGCGUGAUGCGUGACGAUGGCACUAACGGUGACGCUGUGGCUGGAGACAAGGUCUUCUCAUACCGUCUGACCUUGACUGAGCCUAACACUGGACAGGUGUUCUACCGGGUAUCCGCCGCGUUCAAGGGAGUGUUGGCGAGGAGCCAAUCCAAUCCGGUCUCCAUCAGUGUGUGGGGUACACUCACCGAAACGCUCAACAAUUCCGACAGAUUGAGCCUAGCGUACCCACCUGAUUGGUUGGCCUCUGCAAGCGACACUAGCGUAGUGAUUAGCAACGUUCAACAGUUGAGCCCGUUGAGUGAACGCGCACUUCAGACAGAAGCCGUUUUUGUGAUUAAUGUGCUGCCCAAUUCGAAUCCUGAGAACCUGACUAUUAGCCAGUGGUUCGACCAGCACUUCGCCACCGGCUUUCCGACUGAUCUGAUCGAAAAGAGGGCACUCUCUGUUGCUGGGCGUCCCUCCAUACGGAUAGAACUCACUGAAAUUGGUCGUCGAGUGCACAUAUAUGUGCCGAAUGGCGUCGAUGUCGUCGAGAUUACCUAUGUCGUCUCGCAUUAUCGCCGACUCCUCGUUUGUUUGACGGCACUCGCGGUCGUUCUGCUGACUUCAGCGGAGCCCCGCUCCUCUGAUGCCGUGGAUUUCGCUGUCAGCCAGAUUGGCAAGCCAUAUGCCUUGGGUGCCACCGGGCCUAACGCCUUUGAUUGUUCAGGACUGAUACAGUCCGCCUAUGCACAGGUAGGUGUCCAACUUCCUCGCACAGCGAGGCAACAAUCCGAGAUCUCGUUCGGCCAGCGCGUUACUAGCGACUUCAAGCGCGGCGAUCUCCUCUUUUACGGCACCGAUGACAACGAGCCCGAUGCGGUGAGUCAUGUUGGAAUCUACGUGGGCAACAACCGGUGGAUCAGUGCGCAGACUCCACUGCCGCAGCCUAACGGCGAAGUACUGGAGUCUGACACGACGAACCCGUAUUGGGCUCCCAGGUUCGUAUUUGGCGUUCGUAUUGGAGUCGCGGCCCCACCGAUUCCCACACCAGUCGCUACUGCUGACACGUAUGCAAUGACCCAGGGCACAACUCUGACUGUCCCCGCAAGGGGCGUUCUGGCCAACGACACUGUUCCAGAUAAUUACCUGUCCGUUACCUAUUUGAACGUUCCUACAGGUUUCGCUGACCUCGGCAGUGGCGGUUUCAGCCUCACUCCUUCGCCUGACUUCUCAGGCACCGUCCAGUUCGCCUAUUCGAUUCAUACCAGUGCUGUCGAUAGUGCGACUGCUACCGUCACGGUUCAGGUGUCACCUGUGCCUGUCCCGGUUGGGACUCCAAUUCGUCUUCCGGUUUCGAUAAGUCCAGACGGAACGAGUUACCAAGGAACUUAUCCAGAUACGAGCACGCACACGUCGAUCAUCAGCGUAGACCGGGCUUACUCGUGCUCGGGGCUCGGUGGCAACGGGUACUCGAUGGAGGGCGUCUAUUUGGAUUGGACUGCCCCGAUACCUGACGGCGAUUACUGGGUCAGGAUCAGCAAGGAAUGGACUCAGUACGGCAGCACAGAUUUUACACGAGAGUGGUAUUACUGGACGGCGCGGAGAGAAGGAGGGGUGUGGAAGCUGAUAUCAGGUGUCUCCAAUACCAGCAGCAUUGACACACUCUCGGCUCCUUUCGGAUGCUCAAGCAGUCAAUCCGGCAACUUCCAGGGCUAUCAGUACUUGGGGCAAGGCCUCACGGGCAGGCUGUCGGAAGUGGACCUGAAGAUCCUGACACCCCCUCCGACGUACUACGGCAAGUCAGCCGGCGUCCAGAUUCGGGAGAGCGACACCUACCUUUCUAGUUGGACUGACAUCCGCACUUUCGCGACAGUUGUCUGGUCUCGGGGUGAGGCACCAAUCGGAAGCAGUAACCGAAUCGGCAUUAGCUCAUACGACGGGAUCGUGCGUUUCGCGAAUCCUGAGUUGGGCGGCGCCUACGACUUCCAGCCUUCGAAGUACUAUUACCUAGUUCCGCUCUUCUUCACGUCGGACGGCGGGGGCAUCUGCCAGAACUCGUACUUCUACGGAAGCCUGAACGGAACUGCGUACCGGUUCGGCGCCUUCUUCGGAGAUCAGUACGUGAAGGACCUGUACUUCGACCUGCAAGGUCUGUCAUUUGCUGGCACUCCAUCCGUGCUGCCUGCAGAGGUCAUCUACUGGCAGAGUAACUCCAGCACUUUGUCGGCCUCAACACCGUCCGUUGACAGCCCUGUGUUUCAAGGCAUCGCUGGCGGUGCGGGAGCGGUUACAUGGAGAAUCCAGGACUUUGAACGAACAGGUGUCCUGGAAAUGGCGAUGUACGUGCGAGACCUGACGGCCGGAAAAGACUAUCUCUGCGAAGGAGACGGCACUGGAACCUACGGGUAUGCUGUGAGAGUCAACGGCGGGGACAUCGAUUUGACUUUCGAUUGCCGAAGAGCGGCUUUGCAUGGCGACAUCGUCAACAACGGCCUUUCCUUCCAGGGGUUGCCGUCGGUUGCUCUGGAUCCGACGCAUACCUAUACGCUCAGCCUGUUCAGGAACCUCGGAGUUGGCCCCUUCAAGUACUACGGCAGUUCUUCCGGCGAGCCAUACGUUCUGUUCAAGGGUGCUGACCUCUUCUUCCAGGCAAACUCGUCCGGCGUCACAGCACCCCAUCCUGGGAACUACUGGAUUGAGACUCUCAUCCAUGAUGCUUCGGACGGCACGUGGAAUGUGAAGAAGGUUGCCAUCGCGGUAGAUGGCGAUUUCUACAACGGGUGGGGCGUAGCCGGGCUCACUGAGAACAUAUGCAAGACGCUGGAUCUCUCGUUCCCAACACACGGCGGUGCAUGGAACGGGACACAGAACAACAUAUCAAAUCCGUGGGGAGUGCCGUGGCAGGGAGUAACAGUUACCGCGGACCCGGUAGCCGGCACCUGCACGUUUGAGAAUCCGAACGGCUUAGUUACGCUGGCGAAUGGGACUGCUUACGACUUAGCAUAUUCCUCUCAUAGCGCAAGCGGACAGUAUCUGUGGCCUCGCGGGUUGCCAUCGGGCCCAACACUUCAUGGCGGAGGCUUCGGAUACUUCACCUACGGCAACAAUGCUGCGCCGACUCUCUCCUCUGAGAUUGUUCAGGGUGCAAUUGUCGUCCCGGGCCGGCUGCCAGUGGGCUGGCGUGAGGAACUCGAUGUCGGUGAUCUUUGUGGUCGGCAACCGCCGCAGGACGUCCGUCAGGUACUCCUGCGGAUUGAUGCCCCGCCGGCGGCAACUGGUGAUGACGGUGUAGGCGACGGCACUGCGCCAGCCGGCAUCGGGAUGGCCGAUGAAGAGCCACCGUUUGCGUCCGACGGCCGUCGGGCGGAUAUCGUUCUCGAUCAGAUUGUUGUCGAUCUCCAGGCGGCCGUCCGCGAGAUACCCCGUCAGCGCCUCGUACUCGUCGAGGAAAUAGGCCACAGCCUUCCCGAGCAGGCUCUGGGGCAAGACGCGAUCGUGGCUGCGUCGGUUUCGGCGACUCAACGUGCGUUACGAACGUCGUCCUUGGCGAGUCGGUCACCCUCGCGUAACGUCGUCCAGUUCCCAAGCGACUCACGGAAGGCCUCAAAUACGUCCGCCUGGAGCUGCGCUGCUACCGCAGCCGCAAGACACCUCCCGACGCUCCGCCAUGACGAUGAGGACGUCGCUCUUCGCUCCAUGAUCGGGUCAAGCCACAGCGAGAUCCUCAAGAGCCAUUCGUCCUUCGCGUCCUUCGCGGAAUCCGCAUGGCAGGGCCAUCUCUCGCUGCAUUCACACGGCGAUCCCACCCGCACGUCGCGCGCAAACCCCGUCGCCCCGCCCCGCGUCACCGUGAACGUCGCCGUGUCGCCUCCCAGUUCGGUCGCCGUCGCAUCCGUCGCCGCAAUGUUCGCUGCCGGCUCGUCCGCGAUCGUCGCCGUCGCCUCGGUCCCUUCUGCCGUCAGCACCACCGUCUCCGCCCCUUCCAGCGUCACGUCGACGAGUGGCGUCACU